AUGAAGUGGGGGGUGGCAGGUGUCUUGCUGGCUCUCUUCGCGGCGACGUCGACAGCCUGGCCUUACGACAAGGACCUCACCAGCUAUAAUCUGAACCAGAAUGAGACGGCGACCGAUCCUCUCGACUACUGGGGGGAAUGGCCCAACCACACCUACUUUCCGUCCCCGGACAACUGGCGCUUUCCCAUCUACACCCUCUUCCUCGAUCGCUUCGUCAAUGGCGAUCCCACAAACGACAACAUCAACGGCACCGUCUGGGAGCAUGAUAUCUCCUCGAAUCAGAUGCGCCAUGGCGGUGACAUCGUUGGGUUAGUCGACACGUUGGACUACCUCCAGGGCAUGGGCUUCAAGGGCAUCUAUCUGGCAGGAACGAUCCUGAUGAACCAACCCUGGGGUUUCGAUGGAUACUCGGCCCUCGAUACCACUCUUCUGGACCAGCAUUAUGGUGAUAUCGAGACGUGGAGAUGGGCCAUCACGGAGAUCCACAACCGUGGUAUGUACGUGAUCUUUGACAACACGCUCGCAACGCUGGGUGACUUGAUCGGCUUCGAGGGCCACAUGAACGACACGGCUCCGUUUACGACCAAGGAGUAUAAGGUGCAGUGGAAGUCGGAUCGUCAAUAUGUCGAUUUCCGUUUCGGCAAUACGUACAACGAUACUUGUGAUUACCCUCGCUUCUGGAAUGAGACGGGUUAUCCGGUGGAAAGCUACGUCUACCAAGAGCUGGUCGGAUGCUACGACAGUGAGUUUGAUCAGUAUGGUGACAUCGAAGCCUUCGGUGUGUUCCCCGACUGGCAGCGUGAGCUGGCCAAGUUCGCGUCCGUGCAAGAUCGUCUGCGUGAAUGGGUUCCCUCGGUGCGUGCGAAGCUGAUCCGCCACUCGUGCAUGAUCAUCGCGUCCCUCGACAUCGAUGGCUUUCGCUAUGACAAGGCCACCCAAGCCACGGUCGAUGCCCUGGGCGACAUGUCCGGGGCGUAUCGCGAAUGUGCUCGGAGAUACGGCAAAGAGAAUUUCUUCCUGCCCGGUGAAAUCACCGGCGGUGACAACUUCGGUUCCAUCUUCCUGGGUCGUGGCCGACAGCCCAACAUGUUGCCCAAAACGAUCCAAGAUGCCGUCCAAAUGUCCAAUCUCUCCGCUCAGCAGUACUUCCUGCGUCCCGACGGUAAACAGGCCAUCGACGCCGCUGCUUUCCACUAUUCCAUCUACCGUUCUUUGACCCGUUUCCUCGGUCUGGACGGCAACCUGGCCGCCGGUUACGACAUCCCCGUCGACUGGGUCGCCGGCUGGAACCAGUCGCUGCUCUACAACGACCUGGUCAAUGCCAACACCGGCAAGUACGAUCCCCGUCACAUGUAUGGCACCACCAACCAGGACGUGUUCCGGUGGCCGGCCAUCAAAAACGGCACCGCGAGGGCUCUCUUGGGCAUGUUCGUCACGACCCUGCACCUCCCCGGCAUCCCGCUCAUCUUGUGGGGAGAAGAGCAAGGCUUCUAUGUCCUGGACGCCACGGCCAACAACUACAUCUAUGGCCGUCAGGCCAUGUCUCCGGCCACCGCAUGGUGGAUCCAUGGCUGUUUCGCCCUCAACGUCAGCCAGUACUACCAUUUCCCCGUCGAUUCGGCUCUUCGCGGAUGCGAGGAUAUCACCGUCACCUACGACCACCGUGAUCCGGCCCAUCCCAUCCGCAAUAUCAUGAAGCACAUGUUUCAGAUGCGGGAGAACUUCCCGGCCCUCAACGACGGUUGGUACCUGCAGACGCUGUCCAAUCAGACGACCCAAGUCUUCUACCCGGGUUCCAACGGCACUCCGACGGAGACG